GAAUUUUGUUUUAAAACAAUUUUCCCAAUAAAUUUUGCAAUAGGGCCCGACUCGAAAUCAUCAUAUACAGUCCUUAUCAUCCUGUAUAUUCUGGAAGCCAUCUUGUCGAAUACCCAGAAAUCUUAAUCAUCCAUGGCAUUUGCUCACUGCUUUCUUACCGUCCCGGCUGAUACUUCAAACUUCCACACCGCUACUUCCAUUCUUACCCGACCCUUUUCAUCUUCGGUGAGUUCUUCUUUUUCUUCCUCAAACCUCAACACUUGCAGGCUCCCCGAGAAUUUGAGAAUCCGACACAAAGCAUCUGUUAAGGCUCAAGCAUCUGAAGCCAGCGCAGCCGCAGAUGCUUUCACCAACUUCAAGCAUGUACUGUUACCAAUUACAGACCGGAAUCCUUAUCUCUCUGAGGGUUCAAGACAGGCUGCAGCAACUGCCGCUGCUAUGGCAAAGAAGUAUGGAGCUGAUAUAACUGUUGUUGUUAUUGAUGAAAAGGAGAAAGAAGCAUACCCAGAGCAUGAGACCCAACUAGCAAGCAUCCGAUGGCAUUUAUCUGAAGGUGGAUAUCAAGAAUUCAAGCUGUUAGAGCGGCUAGGUGAAGGAAGCAAGCCAACAGCCAUUAUUGGUGAAAUUGCUGAUGAUAUGAACUUGGAUAUGGUAGUUAUGAGCAUGGAAGCUAUCCAUUCCAAGCAUGUAGAUGCAAACCUUCUCGCUGAGUUCAUCCCUUGCCCUGUAUUGCUUUUGCCCCUAUGAAGAAGAAAUGUAUCUGAAAAGCAAGUGGUGCUCGAUUUUAGGAUCAGGGAUAUUAGCAUUACCUCACUUGAAGUUUGUUACUAUCUUCAUCAAUCAGGUCUCCAACCUUUUGAUACUGUUCUCUACUUCAUUGACCAUGAACACAAGUUUUACAUUUGCGGUAAGUGGUAAUAGAACAGAACAAAGAAGGUUCAUUCCAUCUUAAUCAUGUGGAAAGAUAUGACUGUUGUUUACUCUUGAAGUAUAAAACACUUGUUCAGCGUGAAAGUAGAAUAGGUUUGUUGCCUUUAUACUGAAUUACCGACUGAUAUAUCUUUGAAUUUGUAUCUUGA